AUGCACAGCAGGACACACCUGAAGAGGCUACUCCUGUGCCUCGCCUUCUGCUUGCUGCGGCUGCAUGCCUUCCCCUUCCCAAUCCCGUUCCUUGGCCCGUACACGAGCCAACAAGACGUUGAUGCGAUCAACGGCCUGUACGCGGCCCUGGGCUCGCCGGACCUCGACGGCUGGACUGCGUCAGGAGGAGACCCCUGCAAGGAAGCAUGGCAGGGGGUGCAGUGUGACGGCCCAAACAUAACCGCAAUAGAGCUCCGAGGUGCAGGCCUGGGAGGGGAGCUGAGUGAGACACUGGGAGAUUUCACUGCCGUCACGAUACUAGAUCUGAGCAACAACCAUAUCGGCGGGGCGAUGCCGCAGAGCUUACCGCCUCGUCUGCAGACCCUGGAUCUUUCCUCGAAUAGUCUCAGCGGCGAGCUCCCGGAUUCGAUGGAGAAGUUGAGAUCACUAUCAGCAUUGCAUGUGCAGGGCAAUCAGCUAACUGGGACACUUGAUGUGUUAGGGGACCUUCCCCUGAAAGAUUUGAACGUAGAGAACAAUCUUUUCUCAGGACCAAUUCCAGAAAAGCUGCUCUCGGUUCCAAAAUUUCUAAGAAAUGGCAACCAUUUCACCGUACCUCCGAUCCCCGGAUUCUCUCCAACUCCGGCGACGCCACCGCCGCUUGUACCAUCUCCAUCGCCUCCUUCUGCUCCUAUAAUUCUUCCAAACCAUGUGCCAGCACCAGCUGCACCACAAGAGCCACAAGUCCUUUCUGGUUCACACCCUCCUAUAUAUGUAAUUCCAGCUACUACACAGGAUGAACCACCGAGACACAACAACAAGCUCUCACAGGCGAGAGCUGCCGGAUUCAGUAUCCUCGCCGCCGGUUCACUUAGCAUCGCUGUGGUUGCGAUCGUGUUCGCGGUGUCCAAAAGGCGGCGGGAGAGAUCUCUUCAUGGAGGGUACCGGAGGGGUGUUGAGAUGAGCACGCCAAACUGGAUGAGGGAGCCUCCUAGACUAAGUGCAGUUGCCAAACCAUGGAAAGAACAUCAUUCGGCUGCUGAAGAGAAGAUAGACAGCAAGGACAGCAUUGUGUCAGAUAAGGAUGUGCAGGGCAGUUCAGAAGGCCAACCAUUGCAAUUCCCUUACACAUUCUUCACAGUUGCAUCCUUGCAGCAAUACACCAACAGUUUCAGCGGUCAGAAUCUGAUAAGGGAGACGUGUUUCGGCAAAAUUUAUGUAGCAGAUCACCAAGGAAGUAAGUUUGCAGUGAUGAAGCUUGAUGGUAACAGUGCAAAAAUGCCGGUGGCUGAAUUCCUGAAGAUUGUUCAGGGCAUCUCCGAGCUCCGGCACCCCAACGUCGAAGAACUUGUGGGGUGCUGCGUCGAGCACGGCCAGAGGCUGCUCGUCUACAAGCGCUUCAGCGACAACACUCUCGAUGACAUGAUGCAUUUCGAGCACCGGGCAUCUGAUCCUGCAGAGACGCUUCCGUGGGAUGCUCGGAUAACUGUGGCGCUCGAAGCCGCAAAAGCGCUGGAGUAUGCCGAGAUCAUCUUGUUUGUUUCCGUGGGAUGCUCGGAUAACUGUGGCGACGUCUACAGCUUCGGCGUCGUGAUGCUGCAGUUGCUGACCGGGCGCAGACCCUACGACAGGUCGCGGGCGCGGGGCGAGAGGCACCUGGUGCCAUGGGCAAGCCCGCGGCUGUACGACGCCGCCGCGCUGACGAAGAUGGCCGACCCGCGGCUCGGCGGCGCGCCGGCGGUCAUGUCGCUGUCGCGCUUCGCGGACGUCAUCAGCCGGUGCACACAGGAGGCGGAGUUCCGGCCUGGGAUGUCGCAGGUGGCGCAGGACCUGCGGCGCGCGCUGGACGACGCGCGGGCGGGGAGCGGCGUCGCGGAAGCUUAG